CGUUCAGUACGAGAAGUAAAACCAGCGCCUUAUUAGAUCAAUGUACUGCAUCGAGUAUCACUUCCUGGACGGUGAGACGAUAAAGUAAAAAGCGCCGGUUAAAUCAUGGGAUCCCAAAAGGGUCUACUUCUGAAAAAUUGUCCCAGCCGGCGGGUUUACCCUGCACAUAAUCCCUGUUAGUUCCACACACAGCCCGUGCACAACCCCAGUCCAACUCCCCCUUCAUUUACAUGUGGAUCUGAACGGACCCUGGACACUUAGCGCCGCACAAGAAAUAUCUAAGCUUGUAAAUUGACAUUUAUGGCACGGUUGAGGAUUGAAAAAAGGCUUUGCUUAAUAAUAUUACACGCGGGGCAGGACAGGAAGAGCCGGAACGUCACACAAAGCGUCCACGACUUCAAGAACUUCCUUCCAGUUCAUGGCGUAUCAACGCGGAAAGAGCUGGCGCCUUUAAUUUCUUAUAAAAGAAACAUUGUUGGAGAUUUUUUGUUCUUGGAAGCGUUAAUCAGAGUAAGGCAGACACGUGCGUGUGAGCAGAGCAAUGCUUUCUGUGAGCCAGAGAGGGUAAAAAAGUACGCGAAAAAUCCGGAGGAGAGGGGAAUCCCGGAGAGGAAAUUCCCCGGGUUGAUAGUGAAAUGACACGGAGCCAACGGAAUGGAAGACGGUCAUUCAGUGUCCGGGGAGAAAGUUUAACCCUUCUUCAUAAUUACUGCCUGCCUCAAAUCUUCAAUCAGACUCCCAGAAUCAGCAUUUAGCCACAAGACUUUAUGUAUUAGUUUUUAAAAAAAAGUUAGCUACUUUUUAAAGAAAUUUGAUACUUUGUACAAUGUAUCAAUGUUUAGAUACGUUUUGUUUAGUAUAUUUUACAGACAACAUUGUGGUUAUUUUGGCAGUUUAGCUAUGUCUUAAUUGGAAGGAUCUAUUGCUCAACACCUAACAGACAUUUUGUUUCACGGCUGAUUUUUUUGUGUGUGUGAGGGAGGGAGGUUGGAGUUUGGUUUUUGGUUUGAGUCGUGUCUGUACAAUGUCUGUGGAUAAUGACGGUGCGGGGAGGCUUUUGGAGAGUUUCACUCAGCUGCAGGAGCUAGUGGAUAAGUUGCAGAAGGAGAAUUGGUCGCUGAAGGGCAAGUUGAAGAGUUGCUCGACUAUUGGUACCUUCUACCACGAAGCCCGGCAGGAGCUGUGCCGCUUGAACGAGCAGGUGACGCUGAAGGAUGCCCGCCUGCAGGAGUUACAAAGUAGGCUGACCGCUUACCAGAGCAGCGCCGUGCUCCUGGGCCGGGAGCCGCAGCUGAGCAUCGGUCCCUCGGCCUCCCUGCUGGACGGCCUCCUGCAGGAGAUCAGCAAGGCCAAGAAGGAGCAGGCGGACUCUGCGAGGGAUUGGCAGGACGAGAAGGAGCGGCUGAAGGAGGAACUGCGGAACGUGCAGCUGCUGCUGAGAGAGAAGGAGCGGCAGGUGGAAUUGAUGCUGGGCAGCCCACAGUACAAGAAGGACGCGGAGAUCGCCCGACUGCGCCAGUCCCUGAGGGAGAAGGACCGACUCCACGUCACCCGAGAGGUCUGGUGUCGCUCGCUGGCCGACGAGACCGAGCAGCUGCAGCUCCGCCUGGCGGGCACUGCCAACAUGUGUCAACAGCUGGCACGGCAGCUGGAGGAGCAGAGGAAGAACCAGCACAGGAUGGAGAAGGAACCAGGAGCCGUGGAGCAGCUCACUGAGCUACAACAAGGAGAUUCCCCGGAGGCCAUCAUAUCCAAAAUUCAGGAGGAGAACCGUGUUCUCAAACAGAAAGUUAUUUAUGUGGAAGAUCUCAACACCAAGUGGCAGAAGUAUGACAUCGGCCGAGAAGACUACGUUAAGAGGCUUCACCUUGAGCUGAAGGACCUGAGGUCCCGGUUGGGGCAGCCGGCCGGAUUCAGGAGCCCUCAGGCCAACGCGGACAUCCUCCAACAGGAGAUUGCCCGGCUGAACCGGUUGCUGGAGGAGAAGAUGAAGGAGUGCGAGUGCCUGGCGGGAUACAGGGACAGCUUGGAGAAGGAGAGGGCGAUCAGCCACCAGCUCCGCGAGCAGCUGAAGGAUGUGCAGUCGGCCGGUGGGGCCACCAGGGAGCGGAUGCAGAUGUUAGAGGAACAGGUCCUGGUCUACAAGGAUGACUUCAAGUCGGAACGGAAAGACCGAGAGAGGGCCCAGAGCAGGAUUCAGGAGCUGGAGGAAGAAUUGGCUCGACUCCGGCUCCAGCUGCCACGGAAACAGGAGGUCCAUGACUCCAGUGCCCGUCGCCACGGCAACAGCGCCUACCGCCUGGAGUUGGACGUGACGGAUCCGGUGUUUGGUAACGGUAUGGAUCGGCCCCUGCCACACCGUGGGGGUAACACUGCCUCAGCGGAGGUCGCUAGCUCUGAGCUCAGACAUCAAGGACUCCUCCAGUGCCCAAAGUGCAUGAGGCUGUUUAACGAUGAGGUCAGCGAUGAGUGCCUCAGGCACAUUUCGGAGUGCUGCCAAUGACCAUGGUUGACCCACCCCACCCUCACCUCUCCCAUGAGCCCUGGGGGGGGGGGGGGCAGCAUUCCGCAAUGGGACUUUUGCACCAGGAGACUCCAUUUAAAAGCAAGGCUGUACCCAGGUACCAGAGAGGAUGUCCUGUCCAAGGCUCCUACUGAUGAGAAGCCUGAUGUUGAAACAGUAUUAAUCCAUCAAUGAAUAUCACUAAGGAACAUCAUUAGGUCAAGGACCAGUUUACUGUCUGUGGGAGCUUGCUGUGCAGGAUUGGUCACAGCAUCCCCUGCGUUACAGCACUUCUCACAAGUGUUGUGUUGGGUGUCCUGUAUUUUUGGAACUGUCUGAGGUGGCAAAAGACAUGCCAUCCGCAUGCAAGAAGUGACUAAUAACAUUGUCAGACCUUUGUCCAAGCCCGCACUGGUUCAGGCUGUGGUUAGAACAGAGAAGCAAAGGCAAGCUGCAGUACUGGUCUUCCCAUUCAUGCCUGGGUUAUAGGAUACCGAACAAUACAUAGGAACAGCACAAAGUUGUGCUGAACUAGUUAAAUUAGUAAAUAAAUGCCUCAUGAAUCUAGUCCCUUCUGCCCACACAAGGUCCAUAAUCCCUCCAUUCUCUGCUCAUUCAUGUGCCCAAGAGCCUCUUAAAUGCCUCUACUGUAAAACCACCACCACCCCUGGCAGUGCAUUCCAGGCACCCACUGCUCUGUAAAAACAAACUUGCCCCACACAUCUCUUUGAACUUGCCCCCCUCACCUUAAAUGCAUGCCGUCUGGUAUUAGACAAUUCAACACUGGGUAAAAGAAGCAGGUUACGUACCAUAUCCACUCCUCUCAUGACCUUAUAAACUUCGAUCAGGUCUCCCCUCAGCCGCUGCCACUCUAGAGACAACAGCUUAAGUUUGUCCAACCUCUCCUCAUAGCACGUGCCCUCUAAUCUGGGCAGCAUCCUGGCAAACCUCUCCUGCACCCUCUCCAAAGCCCCCACAUCCUUCCUAUAAUGGGGUGACCAGAACUGAAUGCAAUUCUCCAGAUGUUGCCUAACCAGAGUUUUAUAAAGCUGCAACAUAACCUCCUGACUCUUGAACUCAAUGCCUCGACUCAAAGGCAAGCAUGCCUUGUGCCUUCUUUACUACCCUAUCGACCUGUGCAGCCACUUUCAGGGAGCUAUGGACUUGGACUGGAAGAUCCCUCUGUACGUCAGCAUUGUUAAGGGUCCUGCCAUUAAACUGUGUGCUGUCUCUUUACAUCUGAUGAUAGCCUCAAGCCCAGAGUUUGGAAACCAUAGGUGUUGGGACAGGAUUGAUACUGGUUUGGGCUAGUUAUGGUCCCACAGCCUGUAAUUCAAUCCCAGGCUAACCCCAGCACUUGAAUGGUCCCCCACCCCUCUCCCAGUCAUAAAUACUUAUGGCACAGGAGGCUAUUGCGCCCAUCUAGUCUGUGCCAGCUCACGGUUGACCAAUUCAGUCAAUUUUCAUUCCCCCUAUUCUUAUGUGAGCAGUUUUUCUCCCAGAUUUCAGAGCCCCAAAGUCAUGAAAAAAACAUCAGCUGGUACUUAAUCUUGAAGAUUGCCCAUGAAGAAUUACAUGUGCAAGUCCUACCCAACUGACCACCCCCACCCCCACCCCCACCCCCAGCACCAGUAGGCAAACUUACUAUAGGUAUCGCCACCACAACUGUCCAAAGUUUUGGAAGGUUCAAUAGUAAGUUUGAAAAGAAUACCUGAAUAAGCAUGUGAAAAGGAAAUUCAUUUAUUUGCAGGGGAAUAUUUUCAGGGGCCGCUUGUUCACACAAAGGGUGGUGCAUAUUUGGAAUGAGCUGCCAGGAAUAGUGGUUGAGGUGGGCACAUUAGCAAUGUUUAAAAGCCAUCUAGCUAAGUAUAUGGAUAGGAGCGGUUUAGAGGGCUAUGGGCCAAACAUGGGUAGAUGGGACUAACUCACUAGGCAACACAGUUGGCAUGGAUGAGUUGGGCUGAGGGGCCUGUUUCCAUGCUGUAUGACUCUAUGGUUAUUAGGAGGGAGCUCUUCUAAUCUGAUAUCUGUCUUGGAGCCAGCAAGAAGAUGGGGAAAAAAAAAAACAAGAUGCUGGAGGAACUCAGCAGGCCAGGCAGCAUCUGUGGAGAAGAACAGAUGGUCAAUGUUUCAGGUCAGAACCCUUCUUCAGGACAAUAUCAAGUAGAUGUUGUGCCCAGUGGACUCCUCCUGUGCUCCACAGUACUUGUGGUAUCCACAGAGUAGCAAGGUGUCCCCUCCUGAAGUCCAUCCCAUCACGCUGGCUUGGCAUCGUAAAGACUUCAAGACUUCAGAGCAAUGGAGAGGGAAAUUCUUAAGAAUCUUAGGGAUUGCAAACUUGCUUUACCUUCAAAGAUUCAGAAGUUUGAUGUUCCAGCAGUCUGCACACAAAUCAGUUUGUACUGCACAUACUGCUCAUAGGCAUCUGUGUAACCAUAUUGAAGUUUACUGUCCCCUCCCUUAUAUAUUUCAAUGGAUCUUUCUUAUUGUUACAGUUUUUGCUUUUCUGAUGUAGGUUAUUUUAUUUUAAACUGUUAAAUAUGAGAGUAUACAGAGUAACUUAUUUUUAUAUUAAAAUUGUUUCUGACAA